AUGUGGACAGGUAGGCAGUGUGCGCCUGUGUAUGUGUGUGAGUGUGGGGGGAUUUUCUUGUACAUUUUAUGCUCCUUAACGCUACCCCCCCCCAACAUCAGUGAGCUGAGGAUCCCUUUCCCAUCAUCAUCAUUGGCCCAGAUUGCGCUGGGCUCCCUGGCCCCUGACCCUGAGCCCCGCAAAGAAGGGAUCAGCAAGGAACUGGAGGUGACGGAGGACAUCUUGCAUGUUCGAUGGAGAGCAGAUGAAGCCCGGAUUCUGCGUGUGUCCAUCAGCUCCUUCCUGGAGCAUCUCUCCUUGGUGGUGGAAACUAUGGACCUGUUUGGGCCUCCUGUGGCUUGAUAGCUGGUUGCAACAGGAAGCUUCCCCAUAGUCUUGGCUGGACUCUGGACUUGCCCAAGGGCUACGAGGCACUGAACAUGCCAUCCUUAGAGCCAAGAUGUUGCUUUGUGUUCUGGAACCAGCAGGGAACUUUUUCCUCUCGGAUACUCUUGGACGUUGAUGGAUUUUGGGUGCUGAGAAGCAGGCAAGCCUGGGACUGCCUUGGUGGAAGACAAAGUACAUAGAAUCUGGUGCUCUAAUAAAUUAUCCAGUGUACUUUA